GCUUGUAGAUUCUGGGGAAAACCAUCUUCAGCUUACGGUAAUACCGGCUUUAUUUCUUAAAUGAUCAACAUGCUUGGUUUUAAUGUUGAGGGACUUCCUGUGCAAAUAAACCGAGAGAACGAAUAUAAAUGUUAGAAGAUGCGCAAAUUUUAGUUCAGUCGAAGACUAAUACUUUUAGAAUCGAGUUCAAGAGUAAGAGAAGUGUGGUUUGUGGAAGAUAAGAUGGCAAAACUAAUGAUCUCAAUUUUGCUUCUUGCUGUUACCCUUUCAAUUCAAGCAGCUCCUCAACCUGGUCACGAAUAUAAAGAUCAUGGAUAUGGACCUCCAGAUCAUGGUCAUGGUAAGAUAGAGCAUGGCUAUGGACACGAUCACAAAGAUUAUGGUCACGACCACAAAGAACAUCACUAUGAACCACAAAAACACGAAUAUGGGCACCAAAAACAUGAAGAGCAUGGAUAUGGACACGACCAUAAAGACUACGGCCACGGAUAUAAAGAACAUCAUUACGAACCACAAAAGCAUGAAUAUGGGCAUCAGAAACAUGAAGAGCAUGGAUAUGGACACGACCAUAAAGACUUUGGACACGGGUACGAUCACGAUCAUCAAAAACAUGAUUUCGGGCAUCCACCACAUGACUACAAGCCACCUCAUGGACAGGAUUAUCACAAGAAGCCCCACGAUUACCCCCAUCCUCAUCCUUUAUAAAGACUGAUCCAUUACUAAAUAAUUCCAGUGACUAGUAAUCAUUAAAAUAAGUAAAUAAAUAAAUUUUUGUAUAAA